GGUCUCGAACUGGGGUGGGGUGGGGGCCACGAAGCUCCUUUGGGGAUUCUGCGGGGGUGGGGGUGUGUGAUUAGACUGGGUUCGGGGGUGGAGAGAAGGGCUCCUCUGAAUGGUUGAGUGGCGCCUCGACCCGAGGGGGCGGGGUCCGCGCUGGGGGCGGGCACUGUCCUGCCGCGGGAGGGACCUAGCUUCUUCGUGGCUUGGAGAAGGGCGGGCUGAGCUGGUCCCACCAGGCACUGGCUUGGACCGGGAGGGGACGGCCCGAAGCUGAGGCAGGAAACCGGAAGCUGGGGCUCCCGCUCGGGAGACAUGGCCGGGAUUAAAGCUCUGGUUGUUUUGUCCUUCAGUGGAGCCAUUGGACUGACAUUUCUGAUGUUGGGAUGUGCCCUGGAGGGUUAUGGAGUGUACUGGCCUCUGUUUGUGCUGAUAUUUCAUGUGAUCUCCCCCAUCCCUCACUUCAUUGCCAAGAGAGUCACAGAAGACUCAGAUGCCUCAAGCAGUGCCUGCCAGGAACUGGCAUACUUCUUCACUACAGGGAUCGUUGUGUCCGCUUUUGGACUUCCUGUCAUCCUUGCAAGAAUUUCUGUGAUCAAGUGGGGAGCCUGUGGCCUGGUGUUAGCUGGCAACGCGGUCAUUUUUAUCACCAUUCAAGGCUUCUUCCUUGCUUUCGGGAGAGGGGAUGACUUCAGCUGGUAGCACUGGUGGACAUUCGAGGGUUACCACGUUGGACUCCAUUCUGGCUCGUCCAUGUUCCAUGAGUUCCUCUCGGCAGAAGGGUGUAAAGGGGUGAAGUUGUAUCACCCAUCCGCAUUCUGAUCUGCCUUUUUUCUAUCUAUAUAACACAGUUCGUUAAGGGGAAGUCCCAGCCACUUUCAGCAAUAAUAGGUCUAUCACUAGUUCUUUCUCCGUGUUCAUAGCUGACUCCCUUUUUUAACUCGUUUUCCACGGGGGGUUUGUGUGUCUGUGGGUGGUUUAAAAAGUCCUUGGAGACAGCUUUGUAAUCCGUUGCUCCCCAGGGCCACAGAGCUGGGCAUGUGUGCUCGGGAGGUGGUGCUCUAGGAGGCAGUGACACAGGAGCAGCUGCUCAGAAUCCCCAUCCCAAGGAGGUGGCCUGGAGCGAUUGGCGUUCCACCCCCUAGCACGAACCCCUUGUCACAUAGUAGGUGCUUAAUAAGUGUUUGCUGCAUUGUCACAUAGUAGGUGCUUAAUAAGUGUUUGCUGCAUUGAGAGGAAUGGAAUUGCCAAGGUCCCUUGUCCCAUCUGGCUGUGAAGGGCGCAGGUGGCAAAUUCUUUAGCACAGAGAACUUGACUUGGAUCUACCAACGUCCAAGGACGGAUUUCUGCGCAUCUGGGAAUUCCAUUAUGCCUCAUUUCCACUCAACUUCCCCCUCCUUUGCCAUACUAUGUGUUUUGCUUUAUUUCAUUCUGAGAAAAGGCUCUGAGGCUUUACUCAAUCGCCAGAGGAGUCCAUGACCCAAAGGAUGAUAACCUCUGCCAUAGAGGGACAGUGUAGUGUGAUGGAUUGCAGGCUAGCCCUGGGGUCAAGGAGACCUGUGUUCCAGUCCUACUGUGUGACUUGGAGUAAAUCACUUCAUUUCUCAGUGCCCUCGGGCAACUCUUGAAAACAAGAUGCAGAUGAAUUUCUGAUUUGUAUCAGUAGAAGGAAAUUCCACAGAAGAUGAAAAUAGAGGUGUGGGAUGCCCCCUGAUAUUAUUUAGAAGGAUUGCCCUGGGAAGCAGGUGACCUGAGUUCUAGUCCUGACUGCUAUUUGUGACUUAAAAUUCUUUGGGCCUCAGUUGGCUUCUUUAUAAAAAUGGGGCUAAUGCUCCCCCAGCAGCUUGAAGGCAGAUGACUGGGCCAAAUGCUUCUCAUGUGGUUCCUUCCAGUUCUAAGAUUUAUGAUGGUUUUUUCAGUGUAUCACUCCCCUAUAAAGGAAGUUCCCAAUAAGAGAUGACUUUUCCUUCCUAUCCCUCAGCCCUUGGACCUGGGUUUAAAUACCAGCUCUGUGAUUUAGUGCUUAUGUGACCAUGUGCAAGUCAAUUUCCUUCCCUUGUGCCUCGGUUUCCUUUUUUGUAAAGUGAAGGUGUCAGGCUCCAUGACUUCUUAAGGCCUCUAUUACUUCGGAACAUUGAUCACCGUGAGCCAGGCCAUGGUAGCUCUGGUCAGAACCUCAGCCAGCUCAUCCUGGGGUAGAGAAGUAGGUGUCGAGUGAGCCCCGGCACUGGAGAAUCCAUUCUCUUUGCUUUCCGUCCUCUCUCUCCUUCUUUUUCUCGUUCUCCCUUCGUAGCAGGGUCAUUGGGCAGAAUUGAGCAGGGAUUCUCAUAGAUUAUAAUUCUUCCUUUUCCGACUCGACUCACUCUCUUUGUUCUCCUUUAUUAGCAGGGUCGUUGGGCAGAGUUGAGCAGGGAUUCUCCCCCAUUACCAUUCUUCCUCUUGGGGCCACUUUCUUCUUGCUGGUUCUCUUUGUUCUCCCUUAUUAGCAGGGUCGUUGGGCAGAGUUGAGCAGGGAUUCUCCCCCAUUACCAUUCUUCCUCUUGGGGCCACUUUCUUCUUGCUGGUUCUCUUUGUUCUCCCUUAUUAGCAGGGUCGUUGGGCAGAGUUGAGCAGGGAUUCGCUCUUUCUUUCUUUCCUACAUUUCUUCCUUUGGUUAUUCCCUUUCCUACUGUUGGUUCUCCCUUCCCACCCUGUCCCCGUCUCCAGUGGAACAGCAAGUACAGGCUGAGGAAGGUCUGAGUCAGGGGGCUUCUCUGUUUCCCAAACGUGCCUGAGUCACUGAACAAAACUGUCUGCAGAACUGACACCUUGAUCAAUGCUUGUAAAAUACAGCCUGUGUGCUCCAAUCAGCUGCCUCGUGUUUACUCUUUUAUGUACAAGGACAGCCAUCAGAGCUGAAUAUAACCAUUUCAGAAAGCC